CGCUCGAUCCUUCCGGCGCUCGACACAUCGAUCCGUUCGGUGUCCAAUCCUCGUACGAAGACAGUUCACCACUCGGAGCUGCCACCGCCAAAGAUGCUACAUCUUCGAGUCGGCUAUAGCGGAGAAGCGUACUCGAGACUUUAGAGGACUCGACAGAAAUCUGGACAAAAUGUCGAUGACUGGGAGCUUAAUGGGAUACGAAAACAAUAACGAUGUGAACCAGGCCAAGUGUAAGAAGCCGUUGAAGCCGCUGCCGGUAGUGUCGAGCAUAAGCUCCGGCGGCGUUACGACGAGCGCGGGCAAGUCCAAGAGAGCGCGAAAAUCUACGAGGAAGGAGUCGUGUAUACGCGGCCAUGUGAACAGCCUCUGGUCGGUCUGGUACGGCAUCCUGGCUGUCGCUUUUCAGGCGUACAUAGCAAUGAGAUACGCCAGACGAUUCGCCGCUUACUUGUCGCUACCAUGGCCAGCGGACGCACCGCCUCCUAAAAUCGAAUUGUACGCCUGCCUGGUGCUAGCCGGCACCGGAGUCGUUCUACUUCCAGUGCUGCUUGGUGCGGCGUUCCUGAAGCUCGGCAAUCUUGCGAAUGACGGAAUAAAACUAGGCCGACAUUUGAGCGCUUGUUCGCGCGAUCCUCCAUCCUCGCUUCUCACUAAUAAUCCCGAUAAUAGUCUGGUGAAUAAUUUAUGGAGACACGGCGGUCCUACGGCGGCCUUCGUGCAUCUCUGCACGGCCAUGUGCUUCCUCCUACCCUCUCUGCUCAUGGAAGCGAGGCUAAUACACGCUGGAUUUCUGCCAAAAGUUGGCUUCCGUAUGGACCGAUGCCAUCAGGCGCUUUAAAAAAUGAAGUUUAGU